AAUGUUAUCGAAUAACAUUUUAACUUUUAUCUUUUAUCUAAAAUUUUAUCAAUAAGUAUAUAUAGUUUACUCACAAGUUAAAAUAAAGAUUAAUAUUUUUUAUUAAAAUCACCGGUUAAGAAAAACAUUGAAACCGGUAUUCAACGAAACGAUUCCAAACUUCUAACGUAUACGGAGUCGUUAUAAAAACUUUGUUAGUAAUAGAAUCAAACAUAAUCUUCAAUUUAAAUAAUAAUCAUUUUUGCAUUAUGUUAAUUAAAUAGUACAGUCGAAAAAUAGCAAUUAAAUAUUUUUUUUACUGGUUCAAAAUGUUAUUCUAUUCAUUCUUUAAGUCCUUAAUUGGAAAGGACGUGGUUGUAGAAUUAAAAAAUGACCUCAGUAUUUGCGGCACGCUGCAUUCCGUAGAUCAGUAUCUUAACAUAAAAUUAACUGAUAUAAGUGUAACAGACCCGGAUAAAUACCCUCACAUGUUGUCCGUAAAAAACUGUUUUAUUCGUGGAUCGGUAGUACGAUAUGUACAAUUACCAGGGGAUGAGGUGGAUACCCAAUUAUUACAAGAUGCUGCACGCAAAGAAGCGGCAGUUCAAGCAAGAUAGUUCAUAGUGUUAAUAGAAUUAAAAAUCAUUUAUUUUAUAUUACUGAAGUCAACAAUAAUACAUAAGCGUACAAGUUAUAA